UUAGGAUGAAUGCCGAGAAGUCUGGCAAUACAGCUUAUUUGAACAUCAUCCAGUUGCUCGAGGGAAAUGUUGGGCUUAUUUUCACAAAAGGUGACUUGAAAGAGGUCCGCGAGGAAGUUGCAAAGUAUAAGGACGAUGAUAUGAUUGCCACAAGGAGAAUAUUGAGGCCACCAAAGAAAGGCUCAGCUGCAGAGAUUGUUGGGAAGCGAAAUAGGUACCGUGUUGAUGGCUCGAAGAUAAUGAAGAUCUACCUAGAUCCUAAGGAGCGGAAUAACACAGAAUACAAGUUGGAAACCUUUGCUGGUGUUUGCAGAAAAUUUUGUGGGAAGAAUGAGGUUUUUGAGUACCCUUUGUCAGAGGCUAGUUAAACUAUUGAAUGUUGAACUAAUUUUUAUGAUUAGGGUAUGCAUCAGAAUAUUAUUUUGGUUGGGAAAAAAUAUUUACUAUCAGGUUAAACUGUUGUUACAUGCGUUAGAUGUAUUAAUCUAAUGUUAAACUUGAGCAAACAAAAUAUGCCAAAAGCAAGGCUGAUAUGUAAAGAGAACAAAAUAUAAUGGAGAUAUAAGAAUACACAGAUAUCAAAGCUAAAGAUAAUGGUUAUUCUGAUAAGAACAACUAUUAAAAACUUAAAUUUUUCCUCUCAAAGAAACAAAUUAUGAGAACUAAUGCAAUGUAAUAAUAAAUCAGAUUUGGUGGCAAGCCGACCAAAUAGAUUAAGGAGGCUGAGUUUGGCGGUAAACCUUCCAAACUAUUCACACUUAAAAAAAACCAGAAACUCUGGCGGCAAGCCUUCCAAAGACACAAAUUUAAACUAGAAAGAAGAAACUUUGGCGGCAAGCCUUCCAAAGCCCUUUUUUAAUAAAAAAAACUAGAAUAGAAGAUUAA